AUGAAAACAGAUGGACCUGGAGACAGUACUGUAUUUGAUCCACCACAAGACAGUGUAGACAUUAUUGAGAAUCAGACCAUCUCAGUUGUCAGGUGUUCCGCCGACUGUAGACCUGCGUGUACCUACACCUGGUCUAGAUCAGGUACAGAUUACACAAACCCACUGAGUCUGUCUGUGGCCACGAGGACCAACGCCGGACAAUACAUGUGCACAGCCAGAAACACUGUCAGUCAGGGAACAAAGACUUGGAACCUUAUUGUCAGAUUCCCACCACAAAUUCUCAGUCUAAAUUACACUGACGGUGAUUCUGACGCGGCUGAAGAUGGACCUAAGUCACUAGUGUGUUCGGUGGAGAGUUUCCCUUCGUCCACAAUACAGUGGUUCUAUAAAGCCAACAACACAGUUCUACUGACCACCCCAGACGUCCUGGAGAGUACCUACACCCUGACUAACGCUGACUGUCUGGACACCGGACUCUACACCUGUUCUGUCAGAAACAAUGUCUCUAACACAGCGGUCACCAGGGAUAUACCGGUCAAUGUUCUGUGCAAACCACGUCAGGACCCCAGAGUUAAACUUAAUAACGAUUUUGGAUUAGCUACGGCUGAGACUUUGGUCAUGAAUGCCAUGUUCCUCUCGAAUCCGCAGCCAACUUUUUCUUGGUCUUUCGAAACAUCACCAGGCAGAGGUGUUACAAAUCUUGUCAAUGGCAGAGACAAUUUUGAUAUUCAAGAUAUGUUCACAGUCACAAAUCUGUCAGCCGUAUCAGUCGGGACACGAAAGAAUAUAAAAGCGUCCUGGUUUGGUAUCUACAAUGUAACGGCGACGAACAGUCAGGGCAGUGAUACGCUCAGUUUUACUGCUGCAGCGAAAGGAAAACCAGACUCUCCGUAUGGGGGUUUAGCUAUGUGCCCUUUUGAAGAUCGAGCCACGCUGAGUUGGACAUCCGGAUUCAAUGGCGGGUCUAGUCAAACAUUUAUAGUUGGUAUACGGACAGAUACGCAGAGCAGCAUAAUGAUUGAUAGAAAUAUCAACCAGUCUGACCCAGGACGUGGCAAAAGUGUUACUACAACAGUUACAGGUCUGACAGCUGACACAAAGCAUUUCUUCACUGUAUAUGCUGUUAAUGAAUUUGGGAACUCAUCUUUACUCGAGGAAGUUAACUGUACAACACAAGCCAGACCUGCUGCUGGAAGUUCUCUUACAGGACCGAUCAUCGGGACAGUUUGUGGAGUUGUUGUUGUACUGAUUGUGAUAGCCGCUGUCAUUGUCAUCAAGAGACGGAAUUCUGGAAAAAAAAGCCGAGGUGAUGACGGAGACAUGGUAGGGAUUGAUAACAG